CUCAGGCUGCGGUUCCCGUGGGGGUGGGCGACCCAGAUGACAGCGGCGGUGGCAGCGGCUGCGGCGCGGAGCUGAGCGAGCGGACAGCGAGCCGGGAGAAGGGGAGGAAGUGGAGCCGCGGCCCGGAGCUCCGGAGUCAGCCGCCGCGCCGAAGCGCGCCCCGUUUUGCCGAGCGAGCCGAGUCGGACCUGGGAAGACUUCCCCGCCGGGCUCCGGCCGCUGCGCCUCCCCGCCGGCGCCUGCCCUGCCCUGUCGGUCCCAGCCCCGGGCUCCGCGCCGGGACGCUCCCGGCCCGGAGGUCCGGGGCGUGCGGCCGGGACACCCCAGCGCCUCUGAUCCAGAGCACCGGCGGGACGCUCCUGGCCCCACCGUACGGGUCCGUGGUUGCGGGUUCGUUUCCAGCCUUUCUAUCGGCGCGUGUUGGAGCCCCCAGUCCUCCGCCCUCAGGUUAGCGCAGGGUGGUCUCAGCCACCCCACCCCUCUCCGUCCACCUGAGUGCAAAGGAGCCCGGGCGCCCCAGACUCUGACUCCCCGAGACCCGAACCUUCAGCUGCCUCCGACUGAGUGCUCCGGUCUCGGAAGAGUGCGAGCGCCCGGGAAGCCCCGGCCGGGGUCCAGCGCCCCGUGAGGGCAGGACCGUGGGACUGAACCACAGGGCUGGUGCUGCGACCCGAAGCUGCCACCUUCCUGCCGUUCCAGGCGAGGGGCUCAGCGCUUGCCCCGAAGAGAACACAGGGGCCCCCUUCUGCCCCGGCGGCCGGCGAGAGCCGAGACUGCAGCUCUCCCAGUGAAGUGACAUCACCGCCUCUGUGGAUAGGACGCCCUCAGGAGCCCAGCUCAUAGCCACUGGUACCUUCUUCCAGGACCAGCCGGGGCCUCCAUGGGCGCCUGAGGGCCGGGCGCCAGGGCGGCGAGCACGAGCAUGGUGAAGCACCAGCCCCUGCAGUACUAUGAGCCACAGCUGUGCCUCUCCUGCCUCACGGGCAUCUACGGCUGCCGCUGGAAGCGCUACCAGCGCUCCCACGAUGACACCACGCCGUGGGAACGCCUCUGGUUCCUGCUUCUCACCUUCACCUUCGGCCUCACGCUCACCUGGCUCUACUUCUGGUGGGAAGUCCAUAAUGACUAUGAUGAAUUCAACUGGUACCUCUACAACCGCAUGGGCUACUGGAGCGACUGGUCUGUGCCCAUCCUGGUGACCACAGCCACCGCCUUCACGUACAUCGCGGGCCUCCUGGUCCUGGCACUAUGUCAUAUUGCCGUGGGGCAGCAGAUGAACCUGCACUGGCUGCACAAGGUAGGGCUGAUGGUCAUCCUGGCCUUCACGGUGGUGGCCAUGUCAGCCGUGGCCCAGCUGUGGGAGGAUGAGUGGGAGGUGCUGCUGAUCUCCCUACAGGGCACAGCGCCAUUCCUGCACAUGGGGGCCCUGGCUGCGGUCACUGCACUCUCCUGGAUCGUGGCAGGACAAUUCGCCCGCGCAGAGCGGUCUUCCUCCCAGGUGGCCAUUCUCUGUACCUUCUUUGCCGUGGUGUUUGCCCUCUACCUGGCCCCUCUCACCAUCUCCUCUCCCUGCAUCAUGGAGAAAAAGGACCUGGGCCCCAAGCCCGCCCUCAUCGGCCACCGUGGUGCCCCCAUGCUGGCUCCAGAGCACACGCUGAUGUCCUUCCAGAAGGCCCUCCAGCAGAAGCUAUAUGGGCUCCAGGCCGACGUCACCAUCAGCCUGGACGGCGUGCCCUUCCUCAUGCAUGACACCACCCUGCGGCGCACCACCAAUGUGCAGGAGCUGUUCCCGGAGCUCGCACGCAGGCCUGCCUCCAUGCUCAACUGGACUGUCCUGCAGAGGCUCAACGCUGGCCAGUGGUUCCUGAAGACUGACCCCUUCUGGACGGCCGACUCCCUAUCACCCUCCGACCAUAGGGAGGCCCAGAACCAGUCCAUCUGCAGCCUGGUGGAGCUCCUGGAGCUGGCCAAGGGCAACGCCACACUGCUGCUGAACCUGCACGAGCUGCCCUGGGAGCACCCCUACCGCACCGGCUUCCUCAACAUCACCCUGGAGGCCCUGCUGCGCUCCGGCUUCCCCCAGCACCAGGUCAUGUGGCUGCCUAACAGGCAGAGGCCCCUGGUGCGGAAGGUGGCUCCUGGCUUCCAGCAGACAUCGGGCUCCAAGGAGGCAGUCGCCAGCCUGCGGAAAGGCCACAUCCAGCGGCUGAACCUGCGCUACACUCAGGUGUCCCGCCAGGAGCUCAGGGACUAUGCAUCUUGGAACCUGAGUGUGAACCUCUACACCAUCAACACACCGUGGCUCUUCUCUCUGCUGUGGUGUGCAGGGGUCCCAUCUGUCACCUCUGACAACUCCCACACUCUGUCCCAGGUGCCUUCCCCCCUCUGGAUCAUGCACCCGGACGAGUACUGUCUCAUGUGGGUCACCGCCGACCUGAUCUCCUUCACCCUCAUUGUUGGCAUCUUCGUGCUCCAGAACUAUCACUUGAUCAGGUGGCGCCUGGGUGGCAUACGGAGCUACAACCCUGAGCAGAUCAUGCUGAGUGCUGCGGUGCGCCGGACCAGCCGGGACGUCAGCAUCAUGAAGGAGAAGCUGAUUUUCUCAGAGAUCAGCAAUGGCAUGGAGGUCUCUGAUGAGCUCUCCGUAUGUUCAGACAACAGUUAUGACACGUACCCCAACAGCACCACUCCCCCCGUGGGCCCCCGAGGGGGUGGCAGCCGCGCCAAGACCCUCACAGACCGGAGUGGAUGCUAGCUGAAGACCUGUCUGUCCCAGCCUAUACCUAACUAGAAACUGGGAGAACCUAGGAGAGCCAGCAGAAGCAUGUUGGGACUAGGAGAGCUCUGGAAGCCAGCUCCAUGGCCUCCUCGUGGCCUCCAGCCCCUUGUCAGCCACAGCCUCUCUGAGAGGGGACUCUCCUCUCUCCUGAAGCCCAGAUGGGUCAGGACGCCCCUCAGAUGCCCCUGCAGGCCUGAGGCUUCUUCUGGGAAGUGCAGGGGCUGGGGCCUGCUCCCUCUCCCGAGGCCUUCCCUUGCAUCCUGACCUGGAAGAUUGGAUGGGUCCCUGGGCCAUGCCGUGCCCCUGUGGCAAUGGAGGGUGUGGAUACCCACCUGUGCUCACGUGUCUGCUCUCCUGUCCGUGCCAUGAGGCGACUGACUGCUCCAUUUCUGCCCUGCCUCAAGGGCCUGGACGGGGCCUUUGCUCCCGGCAGCUCUGCCCUUCACGUCAGUCUCAAAGCACAAGGAGGUUUGGCCCAGGAUGAAGGUCAGCUGCAGUGGUGGAGACGUGCCCACCCCAGACAGCCUCUGCUGGCCCCUGCCCAGGAAGAAGGCCUGAGCCGUGCCCCAAGGAGCAGCUGGAGAUGGUCAGAAACACAGGCUGGGGGCCGCUCCAUCUCCCACCCAAGUGUCCAACAGGCCCAGGGGCAGAAAUGGCCCUGAGGUCUAGGAGAUCCAUAGACUGAUAUGACCUCAGGUUCCCUCGUCAGUGGCCACAGGGCAGGGGCCACCUGGGAAAAGUGUUCUGGGCAUGGUCAAGGGUGGGUUUGUGGCCAAGAGGCCUAUAGUGACAGGAGCAGAGGGCCUUGGCCAAGAUGAUUAAAGCUACCAUCUUGA